AUGUCUCCCCACAACCCGAUACGUCCCGGGGGCUCAGUAGAGACUCUACCAUGUGAAGGCUCACAAGAUAAACGCGUGAUACAGGACACUAUUUCUCUCAACCUCUUUCAACGCGAAUCGUUCGAUUGGGUAGACGAUGUGGAACAGGACAUCGCUUCCAAAAGCUCGACCCCGACCUCUCCUAGUACUCUUCAGCCCGAGCUCUUCCACUGGGUCAGUGAUGUCGAAGAGGAAACUGCAUCUAGGUGCAUCAUUUCCAUCUCUGCCAAUCUCUUACGGCCCGAACCCUCCAGCUGUGCCGACGAUGUGGAGGAAGAGAUCGCGUCCACGACCAAUGCCUCUCCUACCCUCCUUCCACCAGACCCUUUUGACUGGGCGAUAGAUGUUGAAGACAAUCUAUAUUAUUCACACGAUGGUCGCUUAUUUGAUUCUAACACCGACUCUCUCUUCCCUCUCACUUCAAGGGCGAUGCCGUCCAAAGGGCUGCCUCUGACUAACCUUACAAUUAUUGAGGCUCCUGAGCUCGAAGAGUCAGACUCCUCUUAUUCUCCAUCGACUACAUCCUUGAAUUCAUUCACGGAAGCCACCAGCCAAGAUUGGGAAUUUGUGGAGGUGGACCAGGAGGUUGGCGAGGGGGUUGAAGCCAUGUUUCGAUACCGUGCGAUGAGCACACAGAACGAGGAAGAUGUCCAUCACUUCAACUGGAUGUGUGAGCCCGUCGGAAGGCGGAGUACGACGCCCCCAGAGGUUUCCCUUGUCUGUAUUCAAGCCGGACCAAAAGUUCCCACGGGCAGGGAUGUGUUCCGGGUUCAAUCGAUCAUGAACAGAGCCCUUCCGUUUAUUGAUCCCGUGGCAGUCAGUCUUGAAGGUCAACACCAAUAUAUUUUGAGCAUGCGCAGGUCCAGCCUCCUACGAGCCUCCCAGGGCCGUGUCUCCAAGCUCUAUUCACUUCAUGGGGCAUGGAUAAAUGAUGAGGAGGUGAUGAAGGACCAAAUUAUGGUAGACACUGGCAAUAACCAGCAAUACACAUCCCCCGGUCUUGCCAUCGGAAAUGGGUUUCUGGUCAGCAGCCCAAUCAAGUCAGUGUCCGAUUGGUCCAAGUCUAUUGAAGCUGGCGUCGCUGGAUGA